AUGGGGCCAGGUGGUUUUAACAAAAGUAUAUGGUGCAACAGGUCGGAGAGCGGGUGGGGGCGAGGUGAGGGAGAUGUGUCGGGGACGUACGCGGCGCGGAAGGCGCUGGCGUUGGUGAGCUUGGCGCCGGCGUUGUGCAGCAGGUCGGAGAGCGGGUGGGGGCGAGGUGAGGGGCGACGUGUCGGGGACGUACGCGGCGCGGAAGGCGCUGGCGUUGGUGAGCUUGGCGCCGGCGUUGUGCAGCAGGUCGGAGGCGGGUGGGGACGAGGUCGGAGAGCGGGUGGGGGCGAGGUGAGGGGCGACGUGUCGGGGACGUACGCGGCGCGGAAGGCGCUGGCGUUGGUGAGCUUGGCGCCGGCGUUGUGCAGCAGGUCGGAGAGCGGGUGGGGGCGAGGUCGGAGAGCGGGUGGGGGCGAGGUGAGGGGCGACGUGUCGGGGACGUACGCGGCGCGGAAGGCGCUGGCGUUGGUGAGCUUGGCGCCGGCGUUGUGCAGCAGGUCGGAGGCGGGUGGGGGCGAGGUGAGGGGCGACGUGUCGGGGACGUACGCGGCGCGGAAGGCGCUGGCGUUGGUGAGCUUGGCGCCGGCGUUGUGCAGCAGGUCGGAGAGCGGGUGGGGGCGAGGUCGGAGAGCGGGUGGGGGCGAGGUGAGGGGCGACGUGUCGGGGACGUACGCGGCGCGGAAGGCGCUGGCGUUGGUGAGCUUGGCGCCGGCGUUGUGCAGCAGGUCGGAGAGCGGGUGGGGGCGAGGUCGUAGAGCGGGGGGGGGGGGCGAGGUGAGGGGCGACGUGUCGGGGACGUACGCGGCGCGGAAGGCGCUGGCGUUGGUGAGCUUGGCGCCGGCGUUGUGCAGCAGGUCGGAGGCGGGUGGGGGCGAGGUGAGGGGCGACGUGUCGGGGACGUACGCGGCGCGGAAGGCGCUGGCGUUGGUGAGCUUGGCGCCGGCGUUGUGCAGCAGGUCGGAGAGCGGGUGGGGGCGAGGUGAGGGGCGACGUGUCGGGGACGUACGCGGCGCGGAAGGCGCUGGCGUUGGUGAGCUUGGCGCCGGCGUUGUGCAGCAGGUCGGAGAGCGGGUGGGGGCGAGG